AUGUGCAUCGUAACAGCCAUAUCAAUUAGCUCAAAUGGUAAAUGCAAGAAGGGUGGAUUAUACUAUUAUAUGCAAUAUCAAGUGGCAAAUGCUAAUGGCAUCAUUAUAUGUAGUCGUGUAGCAGAAACGAUUGUUGAUUUGAUGGCCGAAAGCGGUUAUGACACUGACCAAUUCAAAAAUCCGUUUUCUUGGUAUCGGUCAGCUGGACAAUUUUAG